UCUGAUUGAAUCUGAAAACCACACCAAACCAGUUUUUGAGGAUGAAACACGUCUUGAAAUGGCGAUUUGAUUUUGUACGCAAAAAAAAUGAACUAAAGCCAUCGUGGACCGAAAAUGGUGGAAAGAAACCAUAGUUUGGCAAUCAAGCAAUAAUAUGCUUCAUUUGAACAAAUUCCAACUGAUUUUCUUCAAUGUUUCAGUAUGAAAAUCAAGAGUUUUUGACUGCUGAAUUCCCUGUUCUUCCUUCCAUUUCUCACUUUUUAGGUGCUUUUGAAUCAACCCAUAACAAGUAUUUUCAAAUAAAAAAAAUGCUUUUUCCAAGUCAAAAUCAUCUCUUUAUACACAUAGAGAUUAAAAAAAUUUGGUUCUAGUUCUUCUCUAUAUAUAAUCUCUAGUCUCUACCAAAAGACACAGCAAAUUGGGGUUUUAACUUCAGCAGUUCUCUCUUCUUUUGAAACUUUGUGUUUAGAAAGUGAAGAAGAAACAAAUAUGAAAAUGCAUCAACAAAACCGUUUGUUCAUCUUUUUCAUAGCAUUUUCUCUGUUUUCUCUCUGUUUCGGCAGUUACCUUGAGGACCCAUUUCCUGUUUCUCAAUAUCAUGAUCAAAUUUAUAACCAUUAUCCAACACCAGCAUCAUUAUACACUUUUAGGAACACUGAUUUUCACAGCUCGAAGACGACAAAGAAGAGACGAGAUAGAGGGAGCUCGUUUUCAAGUUCGACAAAGGUGGUGAAUGUGGAUGAUUUUGGAGCUAAGGGAAAUGGACAAGAUGAUACUAAGGCAUUUGAGCUUGCUUGGAAGGAGGCCUGUUCUUCUAGGAAGGCAACUCUUUUGGUUCCUAAAGGAAGAACAUACUAUCUUAAGCCAAUCACUUUUUCUGGUCCCUGUAGAUCUCCUUUAACACUAAAGAUCAAUGGAAUGAUCAAAGCUUCUACAAGAAUAUCUGAUUACGAAAAUGAUCGUCGACAUUGGCUAAAAUUUGAAGGAGUUGAUAAUUUUGUUGUAGAAGGCAAUGGUAUCAUCAAUGGGAAUGGCAGAAAAUGGUGGCAAAACUCUUGCAAAGUGAACAAAGAACUUCCCUGCAAGAGAGCACCAACGGCCGUAACUUUCUACCAAUGCAUCAACUUGGUUGUGUCUAACCUGAUGUUCAAAGAUGCACAGCAAAUGCAUCUAACAUUUCAGAAAUGCACCAAUGUCAAAGCUUUGAAUCUUCGAGUCGUCGCCCCAGGAAAUAGUCCCAACACAGAUGGAAUUCACAUCACAGAAACUCAAAAUGCUAUAAUAAGAAACUGUGUCAUUGGAACAGGGGAUGACUGCAUUUCAAUUGUAAGUGGAUCAAGAAAUGUUCGAGCAAUGGAUAUCACUUGUGGGCCAGGUCAUGGAAUCAGCAUCGGAAGCUUGGGAGCUGAAAACUCAGAAGCUGAAGUUUCAAACAUAAGAGUAAAUAGAGCAUUGAUUUCAGGAACAAGCAAUGGGGUGAGAAUAAAGACUUGGCAGGGAGGCUCCGGAUACGCUAAAAACAUAAUGUUUCAAAAUGUUGUGAUGAAGAAUGUGAGCAACCCCAUAAUCAUAGACCAGAAUUACUGUGAUAAAGAAGACUCAUGUCCAGAACAGAAUUCAGCAGUGAAAGUAAGCAAUGUGGUGUACAAGAACAUUCGAGGAACAAGUGCUUCUGAUGAUGCCAUAAAAUUUGAUUGCAGCAAAAGCUUCCCCUGUCAGGAGAUCUCUUUGCUUGGAGUUCAUAUAGUUGGUCAAGGAAAUGAAGUUGCAACAGCUUCCUGUGAAAAUGUUAGGUUGAAAAAUAGAUGGAAAGUUUAUCCACAGUGUUAGAAUCUAGUUUUUGAGCCAUGUAAAUGCAUUUCACAACAAAUUCACUUUAUUGUAGGAUAAUAUUCGACCCUUCCAUCUUGAAAAUGUCACUAUUGUAUUUAAGAUCACUAUUAUCUUAUAACUAUUUGAACUAUGUUCAGAUGGAUGAUAGUUUACACUUAUAUAAAAAGAAAAAAAUAUUUUUCCUUUUCAAUCUGUUCUCCCAGUAAUUAUGGCCUGUUAGAACAAUUAACUUUGAUUCCUCACCACCUACCUCAAACCAUUAUAAACAUUACUAAACUUAUGUUUAACUAAAGGGAGAAAAUAAAUAUACUUUCUUUCCCAAAAGAGGAUUGGAUCAGCAACUAGAUCACAGCAUUAUCCAUGAAUUAGAAUCAGUAGGUAGUAAGUAGGAGCAACCAAUAUCUACUCUGGUUGAGACAGAUCUUGGCAGUUGGCAUGGUCACAAACAGGGGAAUAGAUCUUCUUUGCCUCUGGAGAUCCUGGUUCUGGCUUCGCCAUUGUGACUCGGAGGCAACAGCGGCAGCAAACAUAAAAUCCUCCCUUCCAUGGAUGCUCUGUUUCUGAAUUAAAAGCCAUUGACCUUUGUAAUUUCCCCCCAAGAAGCUGUGGUAGCAUUAACAACUAGCCUCUGGAGAGUGCCCGAGCGGUGCCUGCUGGCACGGGCCGAAAUACCAAGCAUUUUAGCGGUCAUGCCGAUGGUAGCCACUUGUGCAUGGUAACAAAGCUCCUCAGCUUCCUUCCUAUAAAGUUUAAACAUAUAGAUGUAUGUGCAAACUACAUAUUGUCUAAAAGGCCUUGUAUUAUCUACAUAUUGUCCAUUAUCUAAUAGGAAUCAAUAACCUUGAGAGAGAGAGAGAGAGAGAGGCAACCAGUAGUCUCAAGACAAGAAAAGAGCAAAAACCUCUAAUAAACCUUUUCUACUGACAAGUAAGAAGAAUGACCAGUUUACAAGGGUAAUAUCUUUGAUUACCCAUCAACGAAUAUGCAAAGAAUAAGUGAAAAAUGUAGAAAUUCUUCUGUUAUACAAGGUUUAAACAAUGA